CUCUUUUUAUGUCGAAUCCAAUAGCUGAUACAGCUGAAUAUUUUGCUCGCUACAAGCAACAAGAUCCUUAUCAGGAUGAAGCCUCUUUUUAUAGUUCGAAUACUUCUUCCCCAAGAAACACGUUUCAACACACUGACAAUUUUGACAGGCGUUCUCAGUGGCAGCGUGUCUUUAAUCGUAUUUCGUUCCUUAAUCCUUUAGAUACCAAACAACAAAAGCAGCAGUUAUCAGACGAUGAAGACGACCGAGACACAUUUGAAUUGAUGCGUACCAGCCAUACGAAAAUGCGAUCCAGUUCACUUCGCCAGAAUUCACAGCAUGAACAGAUAGAUCCUACGAUGACUAUUCGUAUGCCACGACUGGAAGAAGAAAAACUGCCUUCAGCGUAUGAUUUGGCAAACGAUCAGAUUGAUCCGCUCAAUGAUCUGCUCGAAGAAAACAACUAUUUUAAACAUCCUUUUCAGUCUGAACAAAAGCAACAGGUACCUGAGUUACAAGUACCCUCACCUGCCAAGACACCUGCGAUGCAUACUCGUCGACAUCUGCAAGAGACAGGCGUGCCUGAUCUCGAACAAGAAGAAAGUCGGUUUAUUAUUAAGGAUCGAUGGGACCGUACGCUGGAUCGACUUAAAGUGAUAGCCAACCUGCAGCCCUCACAUCCUACUGCUGGACAUGCUCCACUGAUUGAUGGUCCUUCUCAUACAUUAGCUACUUAUUACCCGCCUGCUUUUGAUCCCAUUUUUGCGGCCUUUACAAAAGACGAACAUGGAAAAAAAUUGCCACCCAUCUUGCUACAAUGCAUUUAUGUCAAUGUUACUGAUUCAGAAGAUAUUCAUGGUGGAAACCAAUGGGUAUUUCGAGUAGAACUACAAUAUGGUGAUGUUAAAUGGGUUAUUCGUCGAGGCAUUGCUGAUUUCAUGUCACUACAUAUCAAACUUAAGGUCAAAUCCAAUAUUUAUGAUUAUAUGCCUGAUCCACCCAAUUUCCCAAACCAGCUAUCCAACUUGCUUGAUACAGCCAAAUCAACCAUUGGUCUUCACCUUAAAGAAGAAGAAGAAGAUCCAAACCUCACUCAGGAACAAGUGUCCAACAUCAAAAACAAAGCGGCUCUUCAUCGACGCAUUGAACUCACACAAUACUUGCGCAAACUUCUUUUGCGUGCUCAUAUGACAGUAAGUUCAGAUAUUUGUGAGUUUCUGGAACUAUCGGCCAUUAGUAUUGUGCAGGAUAUGGGAUGGAAAGGUAAAGAAGGCUAUUUGCGCAACCGUAUCAAUUAUGUCUCGCCUCGCUGUUGUUCUCUUUGGAAAACACAGCGAUGGAAGACAGAAUGGAUCAUCUUGAGAGACUCUUAUAUGGCAUUCUGUAAAGAUACAUCCUCUCAGACACCUACGGAUGUGAUGUUGUUUGAUAAUUCACUCAAGAUUCGAAUGCAGGAACCUCGAGUGUAUUUAGGGAGCUAUCAUAUUACGCUUAGUAACGAAUCAAGAAAGAUUGAAAUCAAAGGCACUAAACGAGAAAUUGAUCAGUGGAUUGAGAGUAUUGAAAAAGUACGUCGACAGAGUCCUUGGGUACGAAACCACCGUUUUGGUUCAUUUGCUCCAGUGAGAAAUAAUGCCAAAGUCAAAUGGUUUGUGGAUGGCGAAAAUCAUUUUAAUGCAGUUGCAGAAGCCAUUUUGUCUGCUAAAUCAGAAAUUUAUAUUGCAGAUUGGUGGUUAUCACCUGAAAUUUAUUUAAGAAGACCGCCAGAAGAGAACGAAGAUUUUAGAUUGGAUCGUCUUUUACAUCGUAAAGCAAAAGAAGGCGUCAAAGUGUAUAUCAUUGUGUAUAAAGAUAUGUCUUUAGCUUUGACCAUUAACUCUGUACAUACAAAACAAUGGCUACAAAAUUUACAUCCUAAUAUUAUUGUGCAACGCCAUCCUGAUCAUAAACUAUCCAACGAUAAUACUGUCCUGUUCUGGUCCCAUCAUGAAAAAAUUGUAGUGGUUGAUAAUCGAUUGGCAUUUAUAGGCGGUUUAGAUUUAUGUUUUGGUCGAUAUGAUACACAUAGCCAUUCUUUAUCUGAUUUUCCUGCUGAUACACAUGAUCGUGAAGUAUUUCCCGGUCAAGAUUAUUCUAAUCCUCGAGUAAAAGAUUUCAUUGAUGUUGUGCAACAUGCCAAGACGUUAGUCGAUAGAAAAGAAGUUCCUCGUAUGCCAUGGCAUGAUGUUACUUUGGGUGUGGUGGGUCCCAUUGCCCGUGAUAUUGCUCGUCAUUUUAUUCAACGAUGGAAUUUCAUCAAGUCAAAAAAGAGUAUGCAUCGGCGCAAUGUACCACUGUUGAUGCCUAAAGGUGAAUAUGUGGCUGCACGGGAUGAAUCCAAUUUUACAGGUACAUGUCGAGUGCAGUUAUUGAGAAGCUCUGCUCGAUGGAGUUCAGAUAUUGAAAGAGAACACUCCAUCUAUAAUGCCUAUAUGGAAUGCAUUGCUCAUUCAAAGCACUACAUUUACUUUGAAAACCAAUUCUUCAUCAGUGCAACACAAGAUGAUAAAAUAUUACGUAAUAGAAUUGCAGAAGCACUUGUAGAAAGAAUCAAACGAGCUCAUAAAAACAAGGAGAAAUUCAGAGUGUUUGUCCUGAUACCUUUAAUUCCUGCUUUUGAAGGUGAUUUGACGUCCAGUGAGGCAUCUUCAGCAAGAAAUGUAAUGCACUUUCAAUACAUCACCAUUUCUCGAGGAGGUCACUCAAUUGUUGAAAAGCUAAAAGAAUGCGGUAUUAAUGCAGACGAUUAUAUUUCAUGGUUUAGUCUACGUAAUUACGGUAAAAUCAAAGUUCCUAAAUUCCACACAACAUCCAAUAAUGAUAGUGGUACUGUAUUUGGUGAUGACAUCUCAACCAAGAACCCAUUUGAUGAUCAACCUCAACUUUCUCGAUUACAGACUAACCAGUCUAAUGCACAUUCGUUAAAGAACCCAUUCAAUGAAGGUAAAAGAGGAUCUUCACAAAGCACACACCAGCCUGAAGUAGACGAUGAUCGUUAUGAUUAUGUUAGUGAAUUACUCUAUAUUCAUGAUAAACUGAUGAUUGUGGAUGAUCGUAUUGUGUUGAUGGGUUCAGCCAAUAUCAAUGACAGAUCUCAGCUUGGUAAUCGUGAUUCUGAAAUAGCCAUGCUGGUGGAAGAUACAGAAAUGGUGCCGUCCUAUAUGAACGGUGAAGAGUUUCAAGCAUCCAAGUUUGCUCAUACACUCAGAAUGCAAUUAUGGAAAGAACAUUUGGGUCUGUUGAACUUUGAAGACUGGUCUCAAUUGUUACAAGAGGAGGAACAUCAGCCUCGUUCUGACCAUCUAAACAUGCCUCAACCUAAACAUGCUUAUCCCAGUCUGACUCGAUCCACUAACAAUGCUCAAGACAUCAAGUCCAUUGAAGCUGAUGAGCCUGUCAAGAUGCUUGACAAAGCCAGUCGUACAUUUAGUUUCUAUGACACGUUUCACAAGCACCGUCAUACCAAACGAGAAGAUGCAGCUGCUUUAGAUCCUCUUUCGGAUCGAUUUUACCAUCAUAUCUGGCUAAAACGAGCCACGACUAAUACCCGUAUCUAUCGCAAACUAUUUCACUGUGUGCCUGACGAUACAAUCCAUACUUAUGAACAACACCGUAAAUUUAUACCUGAUCCUGCCCUUGUCAAAUCAAACCAUGUUGCAGAUCCAAAUUGGUCAGAAAAAAAAAUUGUGGAUCAGUUGAAUGAGAUUCAAGGACACUUGGUGGUGUUUCCAAAAGACUAUCUUAAGGAUGAAAACUUACUCCAGGGCACUUUGAUUGAUACUGUCACGCCUUUAAUUAUCUUUACCUAAUUAUUAC